AUGAACCACAAUAAAGAUAGUACAGACAUAAAUUGCAUAGAAGAAGAUUCGAGUAAAAAAAAUGAGAAUCUAGGGAGAACUAGAGAGAUUCCGAGAGACGAUGCAACGCGAAAAAAAAUCGCAGAUAUAAUAGACCACCAAUUCGAUCUUGAAUUAUGCCUAAAACAUCGUGAACUAGCGACUAUUCGAAAAGAGAUUGCAAAAGCAGAAAGUGCAAUGCAGGAUCUUACCCUUGCCGUCAAGAAUGAAUCAAUGGCAUCAUCAAUUCCAGAAGCAUCUCAUUAUACCAGACGUACUGCAGCCGCUGCCAUAUUGUCAUGUCCUGCUUGUAAACGAGACGAUUUCGCAAAUCAACAGGGGUUUUUGAAUCACUGUCGAUUGGCUCAUGGACUAGAGUUUGGUCCAUAUGAGCAAAUUAUGCUACGAUGUGGAAAAGUUGUGGAUGAGUCCGAAGUACCAUUUGAUCACCCUGCUCGUAUGAGACCUGUGACAAAGCCAGUGCCAUUAUCAACACAAGGGUCCUCGGUGAAGAAGGAGCGACCUACGAUCAAAGUGUUUGAAGAGGAUGUGGAUCUUGAAUUGGACCAUGAAGGGAACGCACCACACCAAAAUGAUACACAGCCUUUGAAUCCAGAAACUUUAUCAUCCACAGAGCAGCCAACUGACAAUGUAGUUGAAAGCAGACGUAACAGUCAGUCGGAUAAUCAGACUCCCGAUAAAUCGAUAAAUGAGCAAGACGAUGAACCAGAUAUACACAAUAAUAAGCGCUCCCCUUCACCUGAAAGACGAUCCUUCGAAUCGUCUAAAUGCCUGCCGGAAACGGAAAAACAGGAAAAGGAUGAGAAAAAGAUAGAUGAAAAAGGGCGUGAUAAUAAACAAAAAGAGGAGGAACAAGUGGGACAAGUGGGACAAAUAGUUGCACCCGUGGAAUCUUUUGCAGCAGCCCAUGAAGGAGGGUCUCGAUUCUAUAUAAAACGUCGGAUAAUAGUUGGAAAUGUGAGCAAAUUCAUAAUACCUGAAAAGCGCGACCCUACAUUAAAGCAUUUUACACACAAAUGGAUGAUCUAUGUAGUGGAGCCUCCUCAGGCCCAAGAAGUUGCUGCAUUUAUUACUGGAGUGCGAUUUCAUCUUCACCCGAGUUAUAAGCCGCAUGAUGUUGUAGAUGUUAACGAACCACCGUUUAGACUAACUCGCCUUGGCUGGGGAGAAUUUCCUAUCAGAAUCCAACUUCAUUUUGUGGAUAAACGACGUAACAAGAUAAUCGAUGUAAUCCAUCAUUUAAAACUGGAUGAUGUGCAUUCUGGAAAACAAGUCUUAGGAAGUGAACGUGGAAUAGAUAUAGAAUUGGAUCGAAAUACAGACUUCAAGGAUAUUGAAAUACCUUCGAAACCGUUGGUUGAGUCUGCUACUGUUCACCAAAAUACAUUACCAAAAGAGAGUGGUAUACAAGAAGCUCAUCCUUUAGUGACAACAGGUUCAAAACAAAGAUUGAGCUUGUUACAUGGUAUUCUUAAGGAAUCUGUACGGCGACUGCCUAUUAUUCGCGCUGGCUCGCAAGGUGUCGCUUUACCUUAUACAUGUGCGCCAAGUUUGCGCGCUUACUUUAAUUGGUCAGUUGGAAAGCGAAAAGCUCUUGAAUGGCAUAGGGCACAUCUUUUGCGUAUCCAAGUCCAGCAGAAAGCAUUUGAAACCAUGGACACUGUAUUAAGAGUAGCGGCUACAUCUUUAUCGACCAAAGAUGUGAUCGGAUGGUGCAAAGAUAAUCGCCAUACACCCAAAAAGUCAGAAAUGAGUGACACUACCCCUGCAUACGAGGGCAUGGGAAUAUGCAAAUUCUGUGGAUGUCUGCGGGAAUUGCAUGGUCAAGACGACGAUAGAAAUGUAAAUGCUGAGGAAGCAUGCCCACGAAGACCACCUGGUUGGUCAAUGCGCAAACGGGCAUCUGGAUUGAGUAGCGUGACAAAGGAUAUGGAUAUUGAUGUAGAUACCAGUGCAACACAGAAAACACACGAGGUCUUAUUAGACGAUACAGAAAGGCGACCAUCUCCUGAACGAACCUUACUUGAGAAUGCACGAGAAGUCGGUACCCAUGAGAGGAUGAAUGUUGCAAACGAGCGGUAUGUGGACUGGAUUUGGUCUGUGGUAAACCAGUUACGGCUCAAAACUGUGGUGGCAAACGACAUAGCACUGGCGCGGGACGGCAGUCUUCAAGGCCCUACGCCUUCAUUUGAUCUCAACGGUGCAAUUGACCAACGUUUGGAAGUUGGUAAUAUCAUGGCGCAAGCUACGCGUGUAUUUCUUAAGCGUCUAUUGGGUGCAAGUAUGGAUGUAUGGAAAAGGGAACGUGAUACAGAUCCAGGAGAAAAGCUAUUGGUGCCUCACCAUGUUUACCAAGCAACUCAAAAUGUUGAUACCUUUGACUUCCUUACGAAUCGUUAUAUGGGGCCAUUUGAAAAGGACAGGGACUCUACAUAA